CACAGGCGACACCGCGUUGCCAAAGUUUCCUCCUGAUUAAUCGAUCGAAAAUUAUCGCGUCCAAGUCCGCUGAUGUGUAACCGUUUCGCGGGAUACGAAAGCCAGUCGCCAAAUUGGCGCGAGUCACGCCUAGACUUGGGGGCGAGACCAGCCACGCAAGUUGCUUCUUUCCUUCCCUCGGGAAAAUAAUUCGUCGAGCGCGACGGAAAGAAGUUCAAGUUCCGACGCGACGCUUACGAGGCAAACGAUAUCGUGAAAGGUCGCGAGCGCGCUGCCGAGAACGUUACAACUUAUAGCCGUGAAAUUACGCGAAGCGUGCUGCGUAGAGUACACGAGUGACAAUCGAUACCGGUGCGAGAGCGCCAAGUGCGUAACGGUGUGUAGCACCUCGACGACGAUCGACGUUUUGGCAAGACAGAGAGUUUUGAAAAAAGAGAGAAAGAGAGAGACAGAGAGAGCGUGAACGAUUAACGUGCGCGUCGUACAAGUCGCGAUCGCGACCGUCCGCGGCGUCCGCGCCGGCCGGAGAGACAGAGACACGUUUGUCGCGCGGCAGGGACGCCUGGCAGUGACGUGAGCCGGCGCGUCGCGACUCGCGACGCGUCGCCAUUCGCGUGAGAUCAGUGGUGAGGUGGUCUGGUGGUCGCGCGCGAGAAACAACAAACCACGCGGCCAAGGAAGGGGUAGAAGAAGAACAGACGAUUCUCCUUCGGGGGAGGUACGUGCGUGCGUGCGUCGCGUCAUGAAGACGCGGCGGUACGGGAAUGUACGCGACGAAACUUGGAUCCUCGCGGGCCCUGAUUUUUCACUACGGCCGUCGCCUGCGCUCGACGAGCGGAGGAAAGUACCGGAAGAAUGGCAACCCUCUUCGGUGUUGGCGCGUGGAAUAGCAAUUAUCGUCUGCGGCCGAGGAAGAAAUCCAGUUGACACUCGGGCGUGAGUGGAGACAUCGAGAAGGCGAGAAGCGGGGAACGGAGACGCCGCGGACAACGGGAGGAAGGGAGACGAGAGAGGGAGAGAGAGAGAGAGAGAGAGAGAGAGAGAGAACGAGGAAGAGGGAUAAAGAGGGCGGAACACGUGGUCCGCGAGGGAGCACUGGAGCAGUUUGGGGACGAGGUGCGUGUGUGGCUUAGUUACGCUCCUGGCGCACGUGCGUAGUGCAUGGUGCAUACCCGUGAGCGCUUCUGCCGUCUGCGGUGGCACCGUGACACGUGUGAGUGAUGGAAAUCGGUUUAUUAUGAGCGUUUAUUAUCAAUAACGGUAUAUAUCGUAUUUCUCGCGAUUUCUCGCGACUGUUUGCGAUUCUAUGGAGUGUGUAUACAUAUAUCUCGUUAUUGCAUCAAGAUUUCUCGUGACGUGCCAACGCGAUCAUUCGCAAGAAAUUCGCAAGAAAAUUUUCAACAGCGAACAAACGAUUGACGACAAUUUCCGAUCCCUCUACGAGCUCGGUGAAGUUGACAGCGCGAGCGAGAGUACAGUUGUCGCGCGUGAAAGUGUCGCCCUCGCAUUUCGCGCCAAGUCAGCUUACGUCCCUGACUAACAAGUUGAUCUGGUGAGUUGGGUGGUGUUGGUUCGCUCUCCUCGUCUUUUCUCUCGCUCAUUCAACCCUUUUGCGCUCCCUUUACCUCUUUAUCUCUCGCUCGCUCGCUCGUUUUCUCUCCGUCGAACGCGGAACGGGAACGGGAGCGGGAGCGGGAGCGGAAGAGAGGAGAGAGAGAGAGAGAGAAAGAGAGUACGUGCGCGCGCGCGCGGGCGGGCGCACUCGCGAGGUCGCUUGUGUUUGGAACGUCGUCAACUUUUCUGCAAUGUGACGAUGCGGGGGAUGAAUGGUUACUAGCGUCAUGUCGCAGCAGUGCACGCGCCUGGGAACGGGUGCGCGGCCGGAGUUGGAGUACGUAUGAGCGCCGGCCGGGCCGAGGCGUCCUGAGACGUCCUGAGACGUCCUGAGUCGGCGACACGCACGGUCAGCGCUGAGCGCAGCGGAGCGACGAUCGUUGGAAAAAUGCCGGCGACGCGACCGCCGCACGACGACGGCGACGGGCCCUUGUUGUUGUUGUUGCCGCCGCUGUUUCAUCGAGACGAGCUCGCUCGCGCGCGCGAUGCGCCGCGACCAACGACCGACGCGGUCGCGGAUUCCUGAAGCGAGCGUACCGGUUGGAGUGUGCCUUCGCCUUCGCCUUCGCCUUCUCCUUCGCCUUCGCCUUCACUGUGAGCCGUGAGUCGUAAAUCGUGAGCCGUGAACCGUGAGCUGUGAACCGGCCGGACGUGUGUCUCGUCUAUUCGUCUACUGCUCACUACUGGUUGCGUGUAAUCGCGCACUGGUUUAGGUUAGGUGUGCCGGCACAUAACCUUAAAACAAGCAAGCGGCAUCAACUAACAACCACUCUGAGCCGCGCUGGAAUUAUUAUUCGUGAGAACGAUCGGGAACGAGUUUGUGCACUCUCGUUCAAUUUACAUAUCGGAUUUCUACGCAGUGGGUGAUCGGUGAGGGUGGAAUGAGCUGGGUGAUCACAGGACAAUGAAGGCCAAUGGGACAAACAAUGGCUGUAGCCGCCUAAAUACGCCAUUGGCAGCCACCACCACGCUGGAGGAUCCCGGUACACCAGCCUCCUGGAAGGGCCCGCCGCCCGGUUCGGAGGCAUCGCCUUUUACGCCCAAUUCCGUCGGCCAGGGUGGUGGUCCUGGCUCGGGUCCAUACAACAGUACAGGCGGUCCACCUAGUAAUGCGGGCUUUCAAGGGCCGAGUCCGUUUCCCGGCAGCGCCGGUAGUCCAGCCGGGGCACCGCCAUACCAAGGCCCACCGCCUGGUUCGGCGACGCCACAGUACACCGCCUCCCCCGCGCCGAGCGGUUCUUCGACGCCCGGUCCUGGACCACCACCUAAUUCCACCGGUUUUCCACCACCCCCGAAUAAUUCCGGUCCACCGUACAACGGGCCCGGGCCCAGUCCGUUUGGAUCACCUUCCGGUGCGCCACCGCAAUUCGUUGGCCGACCCGGCUCCUCGGGACCACCGUUUGUACCACCUGGUGCCGGUAAUCCGCAUUUCCCCUCGCAUGGUCAGCCGUUCGGCGGACCACAGUACGGUAUACCGCCUGGAAGUCCUUUUGGACCAGGAGGACAUCCUAUGGCUGGACCUAUGGGACCUGGACAUCCAGCGAUGAUGGGACCCGGUGGUCCUGUUGAUAGGCUCGAUCAAGGGACAAAUAUCGGAUCGCUUUUGUUCGGGUUUCACACGGUUAUGGUUUAUCGUGGGAAUUUCGCGCGCAACUUGCGGCUCUCAUCGAGGAACAGUGCAGUGGGUGGAAAGGAACUAUUGUAA